AUGGCUGACAUCAAUCAGCAACCAGAACAAGCAGGCAAUGUUUUUGGUCUCAUCUGGGCCGAGAAGCGAGUCGUCUGUAUCUCUGUCUUCAUUGCUCUGGCCCAAUUCCAAUAUGGGUAUGACUCUGCUGCCGUCUCCGGCUUUCAAAGUAUGCCCGGCUUUCUAUCGAUUUUUGGAUACAUUGAUUCAGGGACUGCUCUAGGGUAUAACAUCAGUACAUCUGUUCAAACCCUCAUUCAAAGCCUGAUGCAGCUUGGUGGCCUACUAUCGUCCCUAUUCAUCUUCAAAUAUGGCGGUUCAAUCAGCAAUAGAAAUGGGCUUUGGAUUGGCAGUGCUCUAUCAUGCCUGGCAAUAAUCCUACAGAUUACCAGCCCCCAUGUCGCCGCACUCUACAUUGGAAGGCUGUUUCUCGGUGUCUCCAACGGCUUCUACCUCACGUACUCCGCAACAUACCUGAGUGAGAUUGCACCGACAUCCCUUCGUGGCUCCUCAGUUGGAUUAGUCACAUUUCAGACAUCCUUCGGCGCCCUCAUUGGGAUUCUGAUUGACAACUAUACUGCCGCAUAUUCAUCUCGAGCAUCGUACCAAAUCCCUUUGGGUGUGAUGUUUAUCGUCCCAUCUUUUCUUUCUCUCGGCUUGUUAUUUCUUCCGGAGAGCCCACGUCAUUAUAUACGCCUUGGGAAGACUGCCAAAGCAGAAGAGUCGAUUCUUCAAAUUCGGGGGAACACAAACAGCGACAAGCUCAAAGCCGAGGUUUCUAGCAUUCGAGAGGCUUGGAUUAUCGAGAAUGAAACUGCAAAAUCUAUUCAUCUUAUUGAUGCCUUCCGUGGAGCUGAUCUGAAAAGGACAGUCCUCAGCAUAUGCUGCAGUGUUGGUCAGACUGCCAGUGGGAUAAUCUUCUUCUCCGGGUUUUCCGUCUACUUCUAUGCCCAAGCAGGCGUAAAAAACGAAUUCGUCUGGGUCAUAAUGAGCUUGGCCAUUGCUCUUACUGGAAAUAUGGGAGCCUUUGUCGUCAUGAGAUUCGCCGAAAGAAGAGUGUUAUUAGGAGUGUGCUCCACUAUAAACGCUGCUCUGAUGUUUGUUAUUGCUGCUGUUUACACCAGGAUCACGGUUGGCUCAUAUACUGCUGCUCAAGUCCUUGUGGCCAUGGGCACCCUUUUCACCUGGACGUACGGACUUGGCCAGGGUCCUGUUCUCUGGGCAUUGACCGUAGAAAUUCCUUCUCAAAGGCUCCGCUCAAAGACAGUUGGCCUGGCAACCGCCUUUAAUUAUUUGUUUGGCUGGGUUGCAACUUACUGCACCCCGUACUUUAUCAACCCCGGUUCGUUGAAUUGGGGACCAAAGUAUUGCUACAUUUGGGGCGCCAGUAAUGCCCUACUGGCUAUAUGGGCGUUUACCGUCAUUCCAGAUUUAAAGGAAAAGAGUCUGGAGCAAAUUAACUGCUCUCUGGUGCAGCCGAGUGGGGGAAAAUUACAGGAAACGGGGGCUCUGGGAGAACACUGCGAGAAUAUUGAAUUAUGA